AUGGUGCAGUACAUCCUGACGCCGUGGCGCGAUCGCCGCGAGCUGCUCAAGGUUCGCCAGCAGUUCUAUCCCGCUGCCCCAGCGUCUGCAUCAGCGGCACCAACAACAUCCACAUCCGCCGCCCGAGCUAGCGGUACGGCAGCAACAGCAGCGUCCGCGGCCGCCGCACCCCAGGCCCUGACAAGGUCUUGGAUACGAGGAACAGCUGCACAAGCACAAGCACAAGCACACGCGCCAGCGCCAGCACCAGCGCCGACGCCAUCGUCAAGUUCAUCAGCACCAGCAACAAGCACCAGCACCAACAAGACGACCCCAAGCAGCGACAAGCACCAUGCCGUCGCGAGGGUGUCCAUGUGGAUGCAGCGCGGCAACUGCCCGCACAUGGUCGAGUCCACGGCCCUGCUGACGGCCGCCAUCCUCAGCGACGCCGAGAGCAAGGGCGGCGCCGGCACCUAUGCUGUUCGCGCUGCCUACGCUGCUGCCUUCAGCCGGUUCGUGACCGGGCUCUUGGACGGCCAUCAGGAUAAGCAACGCAAGCUGAGCAUGUACUCGGUGGCAAAGACCAUUGGCUUGCCGGCGACCUUUGUCGAGCUGCGGCACCAGGCGACGCACGAGACGCUGCCGUCUCUCGCGAAGCUGCGGUCCGCCGCGCGCAAAGCGCUGGUUUGGAUCUGGGAGUAUUACUGGCAGCACCUGGGGCCCAAUGAGGUCGUGAGCCAGGCCCCCGAAAGGACGGGUCCCGUGGCCGUCGCCGCCGUCUCUGCCGCCCCUGUGCGCCGCGAAGUCGUGGUCGCGUUUCUGGAGGAGCAGGACGCUGGGAGGAGGGCUGAGAUGAGGAAAUGGAUUGACGGGCUGGACGAGAGUCGGUUGCUGGCGACACUGGAGAAGAUUAUUGAGGCGCCGCCGAGCGACGCCGUCAUGCUUGCGGCUCAGCGGUUAUCAGAGGACAUUGCGCGCAAGGGACAAGCAGAUGGGCAGGGCGAGAUGGAGGAGGACGAGGCUUCCGAGAGCGCUGGCACCGGAUGGGCCAAGUUUGAGGGGACUUGGAAGCCACGACCUAUUGGCGUCGCGUAA